AUGCGUUAUAAAAGUGAGGAAAAUGAGUGGCUUUCAAUCAAGGAAAGUGACAUCUGGAAGUUGCCACAAGAUAAAAAUUCCAUCUUACCGGCCUUAAGAUUGAGUUACUCCCAUUUGCCAUCAAAAAUAAAAAGAUGUUUUGCCUUUUGUGCUGUCGUUCCAAAGGGCUUUGAAAUUGAGAGACAAAAGUUGAUUCAUAUUUGGAUUGCCAAUGGCUUUAUUCAGGCCAAUCAAAUUUUUGAGCCAGCAGAUAUUGGCAUUGAGAUAUGCAAUGAAUUAUAUUUGCGAUCCUUUUUUCAAGAUGCAAAAAAAGAUGAGUUUGGGAAUAAUUUUUCAUUUAAUAUGCAUGAUCUUGUACAUGAUCUUGCACAGUUUAUUGCGAAGGAUGAAUUUGGUGUUAUGGAGGCCAAAGGUUCAAAUAAUAUCUCAAAAAGCACUCUUCAUCUCAGAAUAAAUGUUGAUUUGAGCCAAUCAUCAUAUAAAGGUUAUGAAGCUUUGUAUGGAGUUGAAUCCUUACGGACAAUAAUCGUGGCUCCAGCUUUUUGUACACCUAAUGUCUGGGGAUCUUUUUGUGACAUCUCGAGAUUAAGCUUGUUGAGAGUUCUCUCUUGUUAUCGACUUCGGAAGCUACCUAAGCGCAUGAGAUGCUUGAAGAAUCUUCGACAUCUUUAUCUGAAUGACUGUCACAAGUUAUCUCAAAUGCCUCCACGUAUUGGACAUAUCACUUGCUUAAAAACUUUAACUCUCUUCAUCGUGGGUGAGAGGAGAGGUUGCCACUUGGCUGAAUUGAAAAGUUUAAAUUUUGGAGAAGAAUUACGUGUCACGCAUCUUAAUAGAGUGGGCAAUCUGAUGGAUGCCCAAGAAGCCAAUUUGGUCAGAAAAUCGAAUCUACGCCGCUUGGAACUAUCUUGGGAACUUGAUAGUGAAUCGGAAUCCCAGGAAAUGGUUGAAAAAGUAUUUGAAGCCCUCCAGCCUCACCCAAACCUUGAAAUUUUGAAGAUUGAAGGUUAUAAAGAGGUUUUCGAGACAGGAUGGAAGCAAGUUAUUCCCAUCUCUUACAAGGCUAGAAAUUGA